UGUAACGUUAGCUAGCUUGUUUUUAGACGUAGCCUCCUCCUAUUAGCUGAAGAAACAACGUUAGCAUCCUUAGCCACUUCCAGCUUUCAUUCACUAAGGGUGUUUAUCUGCCGUCGAGAGGAGAUGUCACAUCCCCCUCUAAACUGUUCCCAGCGAGGCGAGGACGUGGAGGCGAGGAUGAGAGACGAGGGCUUGAGCCUAUAAAACGGAGACAAGGGAGGAUGAUUUCACGAUACAACAGAAGACCUGUAUCCCACAAACUUGAGAUUCGGGGGUUGUCUCGCAGCAGCCUGGACCACCACCCUCUCCCAGAGGAAGCAGACGAUAACCAGACCCCUCAGCGAUACCUCCAUGACCUCCAGGAAGCUGUCUCCGCUCACAACAGCUCAGAGACGUCGGCUGCCUCGGGACACUCUGACUGUCCCACCGUCAUCUCAGUAGACUCCAACCAGUCGUGGUCAGCCAUCCACAGCUCCACAGACACUGGCAUCUCCACAGAGAGGAGCUCUGUUUUCUCCUGGGGCUAUGAUGAGUUCGACAAGGCGGCGUCACGGCAGGUACAGCAGAUGUUUGAGGAGAUCGACAAAGAGCUGUACGAGGGGAGAGGCAGCGGGGGGGGGAUACUCCAGGGGCUGCAGGAGGAAUGCCAGCAGUGGGCCACACGGUUCCCACAUCUUCGGAUCCUGGGGUCUCAGCUGAUGUGUCCCAGUGAUGAGGGCUUCCAGUGGUACGCUGUUUCAGGGAAAGGCAGCUCCGCCAGCAGCACAUCAGUCGGCAAAGAGAGCGGUGUGAAGUCCCAGGAGAAAGACAAGAGUGGCGCAGAGUUGAAUGUGCAGGGCAGGAGAGCGGCGCUGGUCACGUCCUCUGCACAUCUGGACGAGCCUCCUGGCACCUCCAGAUGUCACGAUAAGCCCAGAGUGAUUGAGGUGGAGGGUCUGAUGGAGGAAUAUCUGGCUUUUGAUAGCAGGGACUUAGAGGACGAGUGGGAGAAGGACUUUUCCGAGUCAGCUCGAAGGCAACACACUCUACCCCCUGUCUCUCCUUACCGGUGUCGCCGUCAGGCCGUGCUCGACCUGCUGUUCGAUGAUGUGUGGCAGGAGCUGGUUGGCUGGAUGAAAGAGCUGGUUCAGCGUCACUGGGAAUGCUGCACUUCAAAUGAUGAAAUGAUUUCCGGGAUGUUAAGCCCCGUGCAGCCAGACUCCCAGAAUCCCUUCAUGCUGCUCUCCAUGCUGCCCACGAUGCUGCCCAAACUGGGUCAGAGCAGGGUGCCCCCGCUCACAGCUGGCCUGCAGUACCAGAGCACAAAGUCAAGGGGCUCAAAGCACAUGUCCAGACGAAAAUCCAAAAAGCAGAAAAGGCCCUCCGCUACUGGGAGGGUGGCAGCAGCAGCGACCCAGCACAACCUGAAUGACCUCAUCGUGAUCCACAGCAUCCCACUGCAGCAGAGGAACCUCAGUGUGCUGGAGAGAAACCAGGAGCCAGAGGAGCGGGCCCCUCACAGACCGGGCUCCAGCGUGGUCCCCUCCAGCAAACCUCGCCUCCGCCGGGCCCUGGAGCAGAGCUCGUCCUCGCUGUCCCGCCCGGCACAGUCUGCCCGGCGCAGAAACCCUCCCCCCCGAACCCUCCUGCCGCUGGUUCCCAGCCUGAGUCAGUCGUGCGCGGCGGGAUCCAUGGAUGAGGUCAUCCGCGGGACACGACUACCCACAGCCAGCGACCGCCUGACCUCCCCGCUGCUUACCCCUCUCAGCAGGAACACACUUCUUCCCCCCAUCAGCACUGGAGAGCCUGAGUCUUCUCACUCAGGGCAGCAGUCCAAACAUGCACAGCGUCAGAAAGGCCUAGCCAGCCGCGCCCACAGUGCUAUAAAUGACGAAGCUGGCAGUUCAAUACCGAGGGAUCGUCACCACCUGCUGGACGUCUUCUCUCGCCCCAACACCACUCACACUUACAGGUCGGACACUCCAUACCGGCGUUCCUUCACAGUAUUGGACAAUAUCGGGCAGGGGCGGACAGGCAGAGCUUCUGUGGCCACAGACUCACUUGGAAUCGGCGUGACCGGCGUCAGUCUUGGCAUCAGCAGCUCAUCUUUCUUGGACUCGUUUUCCCACCACCCCUUGGGGCACUUGCCCAUCAAAGACGAAGAGGAGCCAGACCCACAAGCCCCCGUCCCAGCGCCUCUGAUGCCUGUGUCCGUCCCGCCUCGGUCUUACACCAGGGGGGGCGUCUCAUCCCGAGCCAGCAGACCCGGUUUGUAGUUCGCCUCCAGACCCUUCAGCCAUGGAUCUUUACUCAACACUCGGUGACCACUAAACUUUUUUUUUUUACAGAAGUAGCAGAAUUUUUAUUUCACAUAAUGCUGCUUGAUUAAGAUUUUGUUAAGAGGCCUAUUUUUGUAUUUCAGGAAUCAGCUUAUGUGGCUGCCAAACACACAGUAACAUCGUAUUGUACAGUAUGAGGGGGAUGCGUGGAUAUUUGUAUGUAUGAUCUGAAUGUGUAUAUAUUUAUUUAAAUGUGAAUGUUGAGUUAAUAAUCCUCCAUGGUGUGUUGUUUUACUGGUAAAUGACUAUGCAGGGAAUAACACAUUCACGCAGACAGGGAUAUAGAGUGCCAGAGCGACGCGUCCUAAAACCCGGAAGUAAACUCCUUCCGGUUCCUUCGACAAAAAACAAUGCAAACCGUGAUCUGUCUCUUCAAUGUGUGUCAACCACAGACAUCAUUUCGAGGUAUUUUUCUAAAUCCUAUGGAGAAAUUGCAUUGGUUUUUGUGGAAGGAACCGGAAGUGGUCAAAUGCUAACUUACUUCUGGGUUUUAGGAUGCGUCACUGUGGCACCCUAGAGGAUACAAAUUAAAAAGCACUUUUCUCUCUCUGAUGCAACAUCAGAGUUUAGUACUGUAUCUUUUAUAAGGACAACAUUUUCAACCGCCUUGUGCAACAAAAAAAAAACUUGCGUACACAAACAAGAAAUGCCAUCUUGACUUUUUCUUGCCUUUCCCUCCAUUGAAGCGUUUCCAUUGAACAUCUCUGCAGCUCACAUGCUUUACCUACUACUAGGGCUGCUCAAUUAAUCACAAUUACGAUUUUGGCUUGCAACGAUUACGAGAACAACGUAAUCGAAAUAAAACGAUAUACUUGAUUUUUUUUUCAAUAAAUCGAUGUUUUCAAAGUAAAUGGAUAAUGAGGCGUGUGGUGCAGUGGGUUGUGCGUUGGUUUUCAGAAUCAGGGGGUCACAGGUUCAAACCCCACUGCUGUCAGCAUGUCGUUGUGUCCCUGAGACACUUCACCCCAAAUUGCUCCUGUGGGGAUUGCCCUCAGUAUUGAGUAUGUAAGUCGCUUUGGAUAAAAGCGUCUAACAAGUGACAUGUAAUGCAUAAUCGUGAAAUCAAUUAUUGACCCAAAUAAUCGAGAUUAUGAUUUUUGCCAUAAUCGAGCAGCCCUACCUACUACAAUAUAAUGUAGGAAUACAAGAGGCAGGUAUAAGGAACUAUGUAAAUAACUAAAGGAUUCAAUCAUGUCUAAAGUACAUUUUCAUCCCCUGAGCAAAGAGACGCUUUGACGGGUAUCGUCAGGGUUACUGCACAAAGGUUAGUUUCCCCUUCAUUAGUUAUUAAAAUAAUUUAUCGGACAGCCAUGCAACACGAGUGACAACUUGAAAAUCAAAACUUUUCUUGGAUGCAUUUUCUUUGAUUCUAUUUUAUACACAAAUAAAAAAUCUGUACAAACGA